UAAUGCAGAGCAGAGAGUCAGCCUCUGGUGAGUGUGGUAAUGCAGAGCAGAGUGUCAGCCUCUGGUGAGUGUGGUAAUGCAGAGCAGAGAGUCAGCCUCUGGUGAGUGUGGUAAUGCAGAGCAGAGUGUCAGCCUCUGGUGAGUGUGGUAAUGCAGAGAGUGUCAGCCUCUGGUGAGUGUGGUAAUGCAGAGCAGAGAUUCAGCCUCUGGUGAGUGUGGUAAUGUAGAGGAGCGUGAACGCCCAUGUCAAACAGCUAGUGUUGUGUUGAGGCCCGCAUGCGGCACAGAGCAAGGGGACUGGCUGGUUGCAGCGCGCCGCGUGGCGGGGCGGUCCAGUGCCGUGUGGUGGUGGUGGGGGCGGGCAUGGCGGGGCUGGCGGCCGCCAGGACACUGCUGCGUGGUGGCCUCACGGACUUUGUGGUGCUGGAAGCCCAGGCGUGCCCCGGGGGACGCGUGCAGACACUGGAAGUCGACGGGCGCUGGCUCGAGGCAGGCGCGCAGUGGGUGCACGGACAGAACCACUCAGUGUGGCGCCUGGCCAGCGACCGGGGCCUGCUGUCUGACAGUGUCUCUGCCGAGGGAGAAGUGUCUCUGCCGAGGGAGAAGGUGAGUCCACCCUCUCUGCCUCCUGCAUGUGGUGGUCACUUCCGGUACCUGCUACCCAGUGGCUACUGUAUUCCUCGACAUGAACCACUCAGUGGCGCCUGGCCAGCGACCGGGGCCUGCUGUCUGACAGUGUCUCUGCCGAGGGAGAAGUGUCUCUGCCGAGGGAGAAGAUCCUGCUACCCAGUGGCUACUGUAUUCCUCGACAUGAACCACUCAGUGUGGCGCCUGGCCAGCGACCGGGGCCUGCUGUCUGACAGUGUCUCUGCCGAGGGAGAAGUGGCUACUGUAUUCCUCGACAUGAACCACUCAGUGUGGCGCCUGGCCAGCGACCGGGGCCUGCUGUCUGACAGUGUCUCUGCCGAGGGAGAAGUGUGGCGCCUGGCCAGCGACCGGGGCCUGCUGUCUGACAGUGUCUCUGCCGAGGGAGAAGUGGCUACUGUAUUCCUCGACAUGAGCCACUCAGUGUGGCGCCUGGCCAGCGACCGGGGCCUGCUGUCUGACAGUGUCUCUGCCGAGGGAGAAGUGUGGCGCCUGGCCAGCGACCGGGGCCUGCUGUCUGACAGUGUCUCUGCCGAGGGAGAAGUGUGGCGCCUGGCCAGCGACCGGGGCCUGCUGUCUGACAGUGUCUCUGCCGAGGGAGAAGUGGCUACUGUAUUCCUCGACAUGAACCACUCAGUGUGGCGCCUGGCCAGCGACCGGGGCCUGCUGUCUGACAGUGUCUCUGCCGAGGGAGAAGUGUGGCGCCUGGCCAGCGACCGGGGCCUGCUGUCUGACAUUGUCUCUGCCGAGGGAGAAGUGUGGCGCCUGGCCAGCGACCGGGGCCUGCUGUCUGACAUUGUCUCAGCCGAGGGAGAAGUGUGGCGCCUGGCCAGCGACCGGGGCCUGCUGUCUGACAGUGUCUCUGCCGAGGGAGAAGUGUGGCGCCUGGCCAGCGACCGGGGCCUGCUGUCUGACAGUGUCUCUGCCGAGGGAGAAGUGUGGCGCCUGGCCAGCGACCGGGGCCUGCUGUCUGACAGUGUCUCUGCCGAGGGAGAAGUGGCUACUGUAUUCCUCGACAUGAACCACUCAGUGUGGCGCCUGGCCAGCGACCGGGGCCUGCUGUCUGACAGUGUCUCUGCCGAGGGAGAAGGCCCCUACCUGCGGGAGCACGGCCGCACGGUGCCGCUGGACUUGGUGCAGGAGGUGGGUGGCGUGGUGGGCGACAUCAUGGAGGAGUGCAGUCUGUUCACACGGCAGAGUGCGCCUGCGCCGUGCUCCGUGGGCGCCCACCUGCACGCUCGCUUCCAGGAGCACCUGGCGCGCUGCGGCUGUGACGAGGAGGGGCGCCGGCUGCGCCAGGAGCUCUACGACUGGCACCUCAGAUUCUACGUGAUCGACAACUCGUGCUCGCAGUUGGACGGCCUGUCGGCCAAGGCGUUCGGCACGUACCAGUUCAGCGGGGGCCAGGACUACGUGAACUUCAGGCGUGGCUACAGCUCCCUGGUCCAGUCCCUGGCGGACGAGCUGCCGGCGGGCCGCCUGCUGCUCGGCACUCCGGUGGCCUCCGUGCUCUGGGACGCAGGUUCUCCGAGCGCUCAGGGCCGGCUCCACGUUGCAGAAGGCCCGGAGAGGAGCGGCCAUGGCCCCCGUGCCCUGGUGUCGUGCAGCGACGGCCAGCGCUUCGAGGCGGAACACGUCAUAGUGACGUGCUCCCUGGGCUACCUGAAGGAACAUCACGCGACCAUGUUCCAGCCCGCUCUGCCUCGCGCCAUGGUCCAGGCUAUCGAGGACUUGGGAUUUGCAACCAUCAAUAAGAUAUUCCUCAUCUACGACGACCCCUGGUGGCAGCCGGACACAAGAGGAUUCCAAAUUAUCUGGCCUUUGCAUGAAUCUGAGUUUUUCUUAGAGAAUGAGGGCUGCAAGUGGCUGCGAGGCCUCAGUGGGUUCGACGUGCUGGCGGCGCAGCGAGCCGUGCUGCUGGGCUGGGUGGGCGGCCCGGGGGCAGAGGCGGUGGAGCGACUGGAGGAGACCCUGGUGGGACGACAGUGCACCGGGCUGCUCCGACACUUCACUGGCCGGAGCGACGUGCCGGCGCCUCGCAGGACCGUCAGGACGCAGUGGCAUGGCAACCAGUACGUGCGCGGCGGCUACAGCCACCACAGCUGUCGGUGUGACGUGUCGCACAGCGAGCCAGCAGUCCUGGCCCAGCCCGUGUGCUCUGGCGCCGGCCACGCUCGGCGGCCCGUGCUACUGCUGGCGGGAGAGGCCACACACCCGUGCUACUACUCCACCACGCACGGCGCCUAUGAGACGGGCCAGAGGCAGGCGGAGCGCGUGUUGGCGCACCUGCACGCUCACUGCUCUGACACGGCCUGACCUCGGGAUCACGCGCCGGCCGUGCUGGGUUCGAACCACGAGGCCGGACGUGGCAGACUGCUCCGUGCGAGCUGGUCGCGCUGCUGGCGGCGCCAGUUGUUCACUUGUCACCUGACGUGUUCCUGAAUCAAAUAAACCUGUUGUUUUUGUUGGCAUCUUAUUUGAACCAUCUCAUCCUCGCGAUGAGCCGCAUCUCGCCACUUGCGCCUUUCUCUAAGUCGUGUUGCAUCUUGCGUAAGUCACCUCGCACCUCAGUGAAACUCUACCGAACAGACACGUGUCAUUUACGUUUUCUUCCCUCAACAUUUAUCAGAACAAUGUUGGAAUAGUAGCUGUUUGAAAUAUUUUGUGAAGUUAACAGAAUGAUCGAAAACACUUUUUUAAACAUUCACUGGCAUCACCCAAGCAGAAAGAGAGCACUAGCAGUGGCAUCGGUGACGGGGAGCGUCAAGCCUGCCGCACAGCUGCACCGGCCGUAUCAGCGACGAGCCCGCUGGUGUUAUCUGGUGGCUCAAAGCGACCGCCACGACUCCAUCACCGGUGAGCUCAUCACAUGGUCGACAAAAUGGACACAUGGUUUGGUAACUAUGGCACUCAUACAUGUUCAACAAAGACUAAUAACUAAUUAAACUAAUACAAGAUGUCAUGGCACAUAAUAUCAAUAUUGGAGACGUCCGGGCCACACCACAUGGCUGGUCUUUCUUUCUUGGCGACACAUCUGCGUGCUCUAGAGGUCGGCAGUGCACUUGGGAGGGCAAGUGGCACGGCUGUUGCACUUUCUGAACAUUUGCAUCCUACAUACAAUAUCUGUAACUAAACAUGUAUAAAGACAGCUAGGGAAAUAAAUAUUACUGAUGAAUAACAA